AAUCUGUCCUAGGAAAGUAAGGCCUUCGUUUUCACUUCUCUGUUCAGAAUGAAUCAAGAAGGCGCACUGGCUUGUUGCGCCGUUUGCAAUCAGCGUACCGUUAGGAGAUGUUCGCGUUGUCUCAGUAUUUACUAUUGUAACAAGGACCAUCAACGCCAAGAUUGGAAAAGACACAAACCCGAGUGCGUGCCAAGAACGCCAAAACAAGGUUCGAGAAACGAGAAAAUUGGCGGUGUUUCGACAUCUACGGCAGAAGCAGUGCAAAUAGUGGAGGUGAAAGACGAAGCGUCUCACGGCGGGGCUAGCUGUGAGCCGCAGAGCGCUUCGACACCCGACGGAAGUGCAACAAGUGAUACAAGACGUUUGAAAAGUUCAAAGAAAAAAAACGCGAAUAAAGAAGGUAGUGUUAGUGUGAAUAAACAAAACGCUGUGGGUACCUCAAGGGUGAACUCUGGCGCCGUACCUAAGAAUCGGAGCGUGAUAUCUAGUGUUUUCUGUGCUAGCAAGGAUAAGGACAAAGUAAAUAGUGCCAUAACUUACGAAGGGUCGUCAGAGCAAGAGAUUCUAAGUGAAUCAGCGCAGCAACUUAGUGCUGUGGAGUUUUCAACAGCCAGUACAACAGUGAAGACUCUUAAAUCUGAGCCAAACAUGUUGGCGGUGGCCGGUUACUCCGGGGAACAAGCCCCUAUGAAGGAAUACCCUGAAGGGACAGUGAGAAAUAGUAGUGCGCCGUUUGGACAGCCACAGAACAGUUUCUACAUGGACCCCAGUGACCGGUGGUACAACAUAUGCAAGCAAGUGAUAAGAGACAUGACACAGUUUGGAGUGUGUGUUUUGGACAAUUUCCUAGGGCAAGAAAGGGGACAUUUGGUGAGAAAUGAAGUGUUAAAAAUGUAUAGAUCAGGUAUAUUUCAAGCAGGUGAACUGGUAGCCAACCCUGGUAGCACGGACGCGCACACGGUUCGAAGCGAUCGAAUCACCUGGAUAGACGGCAAGGAACCACAUUGCUUCUACAUCAAACAGCUUAUCAACCAAGUGGACAACAUAAUCCUGAGGGCGAACAAGAUGCCUAACAACGGGAAACUCGGAGACUACACGAUCAACGGCAGGACGAGGGGGAUGGUGGCAUGCUACCCCGGCUCGGGCACGCACUACGUCAAACACGUGGACAACCCCAACAAAGAUGGCCGCUGCAUCACCGCCAUAUACUACCUGAAUCUCAACUGGGACAAGGAGCGCUGCGGCGGCCUGCUCAGGGUGUUUCCCGAAGGUCUGGACGAGGUAGCGAACAUCAAGCCGCUGUUCGACCGAAUGGUGUUCUUCUGGUCGGAUCGAAGGAAUCCUCACGAAGUUCAACCCGCCUAUGAAACUAGAUACGCCAUCACGCUGUGGUACUUCGAUGCCAAAGAGCGGGCUGAAGCUUUAAAGCGACAUCGCCAAAACCACGAGCCGAAUUCGAGCCAGUGAUAUUCGGACCCGCGCUCGUGCAGAGCGAGCCAGACCUUCCGCCCUCCGGUGGCGCGUUUGACACUUCGCUGACCUGACCAAGCGAGAGAUGACUUAAGACCUAGACCUACAUGCAGGGAUUUUUCUAUUCUAAUGACGUUAUUCACAAAUGCUUGUCAAGUCUAACAAGCCCUUGAUAAUCUUGUCCUUAUCUGUCAUUAUGACAUUUGUGUUUGUUAGAAAGAGACAAAAAUAACAGAGGUUUUAUGCAUAGUUUUAUGAAUAAUCACGAAUUCAUUGUACGAUUAAUUAUUUUGUUUGGUAUUUUUGUACCACAUUUAGGAUCUUGUUGUGUAGUAAGGCGUGUUACGUUUCAUCUGUGAUCCCCUUAAACUCCUUAAAGUAUUAAUUAUUAUUGCUUUGGCUCAUAAUCAGAAUUAGAUAAGAGCACAUUAUAGCAUACUUAAAUCUAAAAGUUUUUAUGAGUUACAAUUUCAUUUAUUUUCUUUACUCUUACGCCUAUGUCCAUUCUAUAUUUUCUUCUUUCAUAUUUAUUUUUACGCCUGGCUAAAUAUGUAGUUACUAUAAUAUUAAGUUCUUUCAUUUAGCCUUAUCUAAUUCUGAGUAGGUAGUAACCACCGCUAAAAAUCUAUUUUUAUUUAUUAUCUAAACUAAAUAGAUAACAACCAUCCAGUUUCAGCACCGAAACCAUACACUUUUUCGUCUGAUACAAACGCAGCCCUGCUAGAUAGUAUAAUAAAUUUUUAUAAAUCAUCACUGCUUUAUUUAAAUACGCAUAGUUAACAAAUCUACCAUUUAGAAUGCGAAGGAUAUCCGUGGAUAUCUUUUACGCAUACGUGACCUUUGUGCUACGUACACAUAGGAUUACAAGUUAAAGACAAAAUAAAAACGCCUCAGAAACGUCAUAUGACAAAAAUUCGCUAGUGAUGUGGCGAUGUCAUCGAAUUAAUCGAUUCAUAACGUUUGUUAAACAAUUAUGGGGAUUCGAUUCGUGAUAAGAUGAGGCAUUUUUAUUGCUUGAAAUCAAAAAGUGUAACGUGAUUAUUUUACAAAACAUGUACGAUGGUAAGGAAAAGCAGUAUAUUUUGUAAUACUAUUACGUAUAGUUUUAAUAUUAACUCUGUCAAUGGGCAGAAAAGUCAUAUAUUAUUACCUAGCUUAGAUGUAAGUAGUACUUUUUUGUCAAUUUUGAGUGUUUUUAAUUAAAGGCCUUAAAGUAUUAUUUUUUAUUGAAAAUGCAUCUACUUCAUUAUUUUAUUAACAUCCGCUGGCAUAAUUUUACUUUGUAAAUGUGCAAUAUACUUAAGUAAGAAAAAAGAAAAACAAAUAGAAAACAUAUUACUUAUCUGGGUAUUGGCCACAUAUGAAAAUGUGGUUACCUUCUUCUGUUUGUAGAAUUUCAGCGGAUACUAUAUGCCUAAGACUGAAUUAAAUUCUACCAUUCAAAUAUUUAAAAGAAUUGUCAUUUGAAUAGUUCUAUUUAGGUAUUUCUAUUUUGUUCCUGUCAAUAUGGUACUCCUGAGGUUUCAAUAUACUUUUAGAGAUAAUAAUAUGUAGGUAAAGAUUGCAGUUUUGAAUGAUAUGUUACCUCAUUAAAAUAGUCACAUAUUGUCAUAUUCUUAAUGUAAAUAAUUACAAAAUGUAAUAUUAAAGUGAAUAAACGUUAAUACAUCAAUA